GAUAAACAUGAACUCCAACAUGUCAAGUGCUGCAAUGUUCAAACUGAAGACAGAAUCAUUGAAAAUAUGAAUUGCACAAGAUUGCUAAAUGUAAAAACAAAGCAAGAUCAUGGGUGUCAUUUUUGUGUUAGUCUUUCCGUCAUUCGCAAGCUCAAUUAUUUCAAGACCAGCUCUCAAGUUGCAAAGCUACCAGAGUUCUUGGAGGCGGCGUAUGUUGACGGCGUUCAGAUUCAGCAGUUUGACAGUAACCACAGGGAAACGAAAGCCAAACAUGACCGGGUGAACAAAAUCACAGAAGAUAAGCCGCACUUCUGGGAGAUAGUGAUCAAUAUUCAGAAUGAGCAGAACAUGAAGGACAACAUUGAAACCGCUAAAAAGCGCUUCAACCAAACUGGAGGUGUUCACAUGAUUCAGGUGAUAAGCGGCUGUGAACGGGAUGAUGAGACUGGGGAGGUUGACGGUUGGCAGCACCACCGUCACGAUGGAGAAGACGUCAUAUCAUUUGAGGCGAAGACGAUGACAUGGAUCGCAGCACAUCCACAAGCUUUCAUCCCCAAAUUGAAGUUUGACCAAAUAGAUGGGUACAAUGAAGCCAGGAAGAAUUACUACACUGAGGAGUGUCCUUCUGAUUUGAAGAAGCAUGUGAGCAACGGGAGGGACUUCCUGACGAGAACCGAGCUUCCCAAGGUGUCUCUCCUGCAGAAGACGCCUUCCUCUCCGGUCACCUGCCACGCCACGGGUUUCUACCCCAUUACAUCGUCCCUCUUUUGGAGGAAGAACGGCGAGGAGAUCCACGAGGACGUGGAGAUGGGGGAGACCCCCCCCAACCACGACGGAACCUUCCAGACCUCGGUCGAGCUGAGAGUGGAGGUGACGCCCGCCGCGGCGGAGCGGGAGUACGAAUGUGUGUUCCAGCUGGCCGGCGUCUCGGAAGGCAUCGUCAUCAAGCUGGACGCCGGAAGCAUCCUGAGCAACCAGGAAGAGCAAGACAGGAAGAAGGCGGUGGCCAUCGCCGUCCCAUUGGUGGUCCUCGCUCUGGUGGCGGUGGUGAUGGGUGGUGCGCAUCAACACAUAACAAAAACUAUAAAAACACAGGUACGUACAUAUUCGUUAUCCUCUGCGUAGAAACAAAUAGUACAGCUUGAUUUGUUUACUGUGAUCCGGAAUAACACAAUCACAAACAUAGGCAAAGCAUUAACACCAUACGUCAUGAAUGGGUACAACCGUGAACCGCUAUCUCACA